AUGACCGAGGCGCUCCGAUCUCAUGUCCGCGCGCUGCGAGCAGAAUCGGGCGAAAAGUUCGAUGCUGCUCUCGACACCUGCAAGACGCUUCUCCAGAACGUCCUCGAGCAGCCGGAUGAGGCCAAGUUCAGGACGAUCAGGUUGGGAAACGCCGCCUUCCACCAGCGGUUGGGGCAGUUCCCCUCUGGAAUCGCGCUGCUGCGAUCGCUGGGCUUCGAGGACGCCAACGCCGCCGACGGCAGUCCGGGAGGAGACGGCCUCCCGGCGUACCUUGCACUGCCAGCCUCGUCUUAG